AUGAUUUGUUACACAGUGACUGUGUCCACGGGGAGUCAGUGGUUUGCAGGUACAGACGAUUAUAUCUACAUCACACUGGUGGGCACAGAGAGAUGCAGCGAGAGGACACUGUUGGACAAACCUCUCUACAACGACUUUGAGAGGGGGGCGGUAAGUUCAGGCACACUGCUGAGGGGCUGAGAGGAGUUUAACUUCAGCGUAUAUGAUGAGCAUCAACAGCAGCACAUAAAUCCUGUUUUCAGAUUGUAGGUUAUCAUGAAAGAGGAAGCAGUUACAACAGACAUAACUUCAAUCUGUCAUAAAAUGAACAACUUUACCAAGUAGACGUACAACUUGUUCCCUUUUUAACUUCUACUUUGACAAACUGAUGCUUUAAACACAGAUUUUAUGAGUCAAUCUAAACUGAUCAGGAUAUCAACUACAGUUAAAUAUCAGAGGUCAGAAGGUUUGUUUACACCUGCUGUUAAUUUCUUACACAGAUACUGUACAAAGUCAGAAAGUUUACCCCUGUGAACAAUUAGAAAUGGUGAUUUAUAAAACAGAUGAAAAAUAGAGGCUUCGAGACGGUUGGAGAAAGUUAAGCUGAAAGAAACAGAAAAAGCUCAUUCAAAUGUGGAGCAAGGUUGAAAAAAAUUCUUAACCCUCCUCCUGUGUUAGGGUCUGCAGUGACCUGUUUUUGUUUUUAAAUGCUUAAAAGAACCACUUAAAUUAGUUAGUUUGCAUUAAGACUGUAUGGACUUUGUCAGGAACCUCUAUUUCAACAAAAUAAAAUAUAUUUUUUUUAAUUGUGCUCUUAUUAAAAUUAUGGCACUUGUCAUGUUAGGGUCCCUGUUGACCGGGUUAGAUCAAUAUCUAAUAAUCAGAGCAAAAACUGAAAUCACAUGUUUACUGUCAGGCAUCACACUGACAGUCAGAUCCUCUUCCAAUCAUGUAAGAUGUAGGAAAUUAUCAUUUUGCCUGGUUUUCCCCUGCACAAAAAGAGAAAAAUGUCCAGACAUGUGAAAUCAGUUCAGUAUAGAUGUCUGUGUGAGCGGCAUACUGACAAAGAAAGUCCCAGAGGUCAACAACAAAAAAUAAUACAAGCAAUAAUUUUAUGGAUAAUGAAGCCUAACAAGGUAACCUAGAGAUGAGAACCAAAUUGGAUGAUAGAGAAUUGUUUUUAGUGAAAUUUACAGCUGAUUGUGAUGAAGACACGGGUCGAAACCGACCCUUAACAUGGUGGGUGCGUAGUAAAAGCUAACACAGGAGGAAGGUUUAAAGUUCCUGUGAGGAGUUUCAAACUAGGCUGAUGGAUGAUGCCUCUUCAGGACCCACAAAAUCAAACUGGACCAUUAGUGAUAAAACUGAGAUUUUCUUUAAUGCCCAUAUGAGGGUCGAUAUGAGAUAAGACUAAACACAGCACAGUGAAGAAAAACCUUUCUUUUACUUUAUCAGCAGCAGAUACUCGUGGUAACUGAAGGGUGGCACUUUUUGUUAGAAAACUCAACUCAGGCUGGAGAUAAACUUGCUCUUCAUAUUUAUGCAAAGGCACGAUGGCGUCUCCACAUACCCAGCAUUGGUCUGAUGCUUUACCUUCUUCAUGGGUGGAGUUUUUGAACUGCUGUUGCAACUCUCUUUUCCUGCUUUCACUCUUGACCCCAUCUGUUUGACCCUCUGCCCCUCAGGAGGCUGCUACAGGUUAACUGUAUUUUUGCUUCAAGAAAAUUUACAUUUAAAACCAAUAUACCAUAAAUAUAACAGCUAUACUACAUUUUCAUAAUGUUUUUCUGCACAACAAUAACUGAGAAUCGAAUGACUCCAAUAUAAAUCUAUUAUUUACCACCAAAACAGCAUUAAUGAUAUCAGUUACCAUAGUACCACAGUAAACAACCACAGUUUUUUCAGCUCUGACUACAUUUCCAGGUGGACUCCUAUGACGUAAGGGUCGGGGAGAACUUGGGUGAGAUUGUGUUGGUGAAGAUAGAGAAGAAGAAGUACUGGGUCCAGGAUGACUGGUACUGCAGGUACAUCACUGUCAAGACCCCCUCUGGAGACUACAUCGAGUUCCCCUGUUUCCGCUGGCUGGUAGGGGACAAAGAGGUGGUGCUGAGAGAUGGAAUAGGUAGAAAUCAGACAACUUACAAACUAUCUGUGUUCUUAUUUCAAUGUGUUUGCUCAUGCUCUGUCUGCUCUAUCCCUCAUUUGCUCUUGUGUUUGUUGCAGCACGUCUACCUCAGGAUGAUAAGACCAGCUUGGUGAAGCAGCACAGACAAAAAGAGCUGGAAACGAGGAGGAAAACUUACAGGUAAGAUCUUUAUGCAUUUGCAAUUAAAAGGUGCUGAUGAUGGUUUGUACCAACUUUACUCUGCGUUACAGAUGGAAGGAGUGGCAGCCUGGUUUCCCAAUGAGCAUCGAUGCUGAUAGACACAGAGAUUUACCCAGAGACAUCCAGUUUGACAGCGAGAAGGGAGUGGAUUUCGUCCUGAACUACAGCAAAGCGUACGUGCUCUCUCUCACAUGAAUGAAGUAGAACUUUUUUUUUUUUUUACCAACUGUGGGUCAGUGGAAAACUUUCCUGAUGCUACAAUCAGAUGUCUGGCUGUGCUUCUAUUUUUGACGCAUCAAAAAACAGAGGCUUCAUUGUGUUCAUCACACAGGGGACAUUUGCAUUAUGCACUCAUGCAGGCGUGUGAGGUUGCGCCUAGAUACAGCGCAAAUAGAUCAAUACAUAUUUGCAUUAUGAAGCAGCUCUACACCAAGAUAACAAAUUGAGAAUAAUGUGUGAUGAUGUCUGAACUUUUGAGAUUGAAACUAGUUUUGGUAAUCUGCAAGAAUGAGUUUAAAGGAUUUAGACAUGAAUGCUGCAUCUUUGUUAACACAGAAAACUGUUGGAGUAAAUUUUUUCUUUUAACCAAAUCCAUCAGUAAAAAUGAAAAAAAAACGAAAAAAAAAAAACACUUACUUAACCAAAAUUCAGUUUAGUUUAAGUGUUUGAGUUCCAUAUUACACAAAAACAGUUACAACACACAGAGAAACAAAUAUGACUAUGUGAGUGUGAGGCUAACAGGAACAAUGAUGAUGAUGAUGAUGAUGAUGAUGAUGAGGAUGAUGAUGAUGAUGAUGGUUAUAUUUCCAGAAUAGAGAAUCUGUUCGUGAACCAGUUCAUGCACAUGUUCCAGUCCUCCUGGAGCGACUUUGGGGACUUUGAGAAAAUAUUUGUGAGGAUCAAAAACACAAUCUCAGGUCCGCAUCACAAUUCUACUCUAUGCUUGAAUGUUAUAUGUUAUGUUUUGUUACGCUACAUUAUGUUACGCUACAUUAUGUUAUGUUAUGUUAUGUCAUGUUAUGUUAUGUUAUGUUGUUUUGUCUGUAUGAUCUAUCAUGCCGUGCCAUGUUAUGUUAUGGUAACGUUUUAUGUUGUGUAUUACCAUGUCUUGUUAUAUUAUGUUAUAUUCUAUGUCAUGACAUAAUAUGUUAAAUUGUUAUAUUAUGUCAUGUAAUGUCAUGUUUUGUUAUGUUUGUAAGUUUUUUAAUGUUGUUGUUUGUUAUGUAAUGUGUUAUAGUAUUGUUAAGCAUUGUUCGGUUUAAUAUGUCUUCUGUUGUUAUGUAAGUUUGUUGUUAAAGCUCCUUAUCUAGGUUUUCAGCUGCAAAUGAAACACACUGAAAUAACUUUAAUGCCCCUUUAAGACCUUUAAUGAGAUUUUUAGCCAUUUCAGUGCGGUUAUUUUUAACUUUAAUGUGGGAAACUACUGAUGAGGGUUCAGUGUUAAACCAAGUGAUUAAUUGUGAACUUCAGUAAGUCAACCCUUUUUGUGUUUGUUCUUUUAUGUUAGAUCAAAAACCAAGCCAUGCUUUGCCAUAAUAUGCCUUGUCAUGCUAUGUUAUGCUGUAUGAUGUGUUGUCAUGUCAUGGUGUUCCAUACAAAACUUGGCUUUGCUUUGCUAAGCUGGAUAAACACACAGUAUUUUGUCAUUUUAUUCUAUACCUUGCUCUUUCAGGUUAUGUUAUAUGUCUUAUUUUUAUCAUGGUUUAUGUUCUCGGUCAUAUCGUGUCAUGUCACAUUGUGUUAUGUAAUGUUAUUCUCUUUGUUUCAGAGUAUGUGAUGCAACACUGGAAAGAAGACUUCAUGUUUGGGUACCAGUUCUUGAACGGUUGCAACCCCACAGUGAUCCGAAAGUGCACCAAACUUCCUGACAAGUUCCCCGUCACUCAUGAGAUGGUUUCUGUCAGUCUGGAGAGAGAGAUGACUCUGGAGCAGGAAAUGGAGGUAGACCCAUUAGUCUCUUUGGUCAUAUUUAACAUCAAGAUACCAGCUAUCAAUCUGAGCCAAGAGUCAAUACAUGAAGAACUUCAUAUGAUACCAUGAUAAUAAUCUUGAAUCAAUGUUCUGACCACAGGCAGGUAACAUCUACAUAGUGGACUAUGAGCUGAUAGAUGGUAUCAGUGCUAAUACCACAGACCCGUGCACACUGCAGUAUCUGGCUGCUCCAAUCUGUCUGUUGUACAAGAAUGCCCGGAACAAGAUCCUGCCCAUCGCUAUACAGGUACUGUUGUAUAUUCAGAGGGAUGUUUCUUCUGUUAUAUGAAUAUGUGAACUUCUUCUUCAAGCUUUUUGUGUUUCUUUUCUCUCAGCUUUGUCAGACUCCAGGUGAAGACGCGCCGAUCUUCCUUCCCACUGACAGUCAGUAUGACUGGCUGUUGGCUAAGAUCUGGGUCCGCUCAGCUGACUUCCAGCACCACCAGACUAUCACACACCUGCUCAGGACUCACCUGAUGACUGAGGUGUUUGCUAUCGCCAUGUACAGACAGCUGCCCGCUGUUCACCCUGUGUACAAGGUAAAACUUAAAGUCACCUCUUGAUUGAUUGAUUGACUGUUGACCUGUUGGCUGAUGUUUGACUGGAUGAUGUUCCUCUCUCAGCUCCUUAUACCACACAUUCGUUUCACCAUCGCUAUCAACACCAAAGCCAGAGAGCAGCUCAUCUGUGAGUGCGGCAUCUUUGACAAGGUGAGUAUGCAGAUUUCUUGUAGAAGAAGAAGGAGAUCAAUGAGGAGGGGAGAUGAUUAGGUCAGUAAAAUUUAUCUAAAAAACUGUGAAUAUCAAAAAAUAUGUGUAAUUUAUCCAAAGUGAACAGCUACAUGAACUCAAAGUCAUGCACAUAAUGAAAUAAAAGGCUGCAUGAAGUAAUGUUACAUCUCUGUCCAUCUAUAGGCCAAUGCUACAGGCGGAGGUGGUCAUGUCCAGCUGGUCCAGAAAGCCAUGAAGACUUUGACCUUCAGGUCUCUGUGCUUCCCUGAUAUGAUCAAGUCUCGUGGUGUAGACAAGAAGGACGAGCUGCCCACGUACUUCUACAGAGAUGAUGGUUACAGGGUGUGGGAAGCCACCAAGAGGUGCCAACAGCUUUUUUUUCUUAGUUUUUUAGUGAUUUUACAGACAGCCAUUAUCAUUUAAAGAUUGUUUUUUUGAUGUGGAAGAAAGCAGACACAAUCUGAUAGGUUAGUGGGAAUAUUUCUUCAUCUGUGGUUGAGAUAAUAGCAAAAUUUCAAAGAGGGAAAAGUUGCAGAAUGUUUUAUGAUUUCCUCUGUACACAGCUGCUGUCCUGUUCUCUUCCCUGUAGCUUUGUGUCUGAUGUGGUGCACAUCUACUACAACAGUGAUGAGACUGUGCAGGAAGAUGAAGAAAUCCAGGCCUUCAUUAAAGAUGUGUGCAGCUUCGGCAUGCAGGACUUCGACCACUGCGGUGUGUACACAUGACAGACUUCCUAUUUUAUUAUUCUACCUUUAAAACAACAAACCAGUGUACAGUUACGUUUACCAUGGGGAGGGGAAGCUCACUUUUCUUCAAUAUUUCAGUGGUGUGGUAUUUUCUGGAGGAGACAGGUGUGGUAGUGAACAGACAGCAUUUUAAAUUCAUAUUUGUUCUGUCAGAGUUGAAUGGUUUGAGGUUGACAACAGGAAGCCACAGGAGUCACAGUGAUGGUGUCACUGCCUGAGCUCCACUGUUGUAAUCUUCGUUCCUGUAUUUCUCCAUUACCUAUUCUCGAUCGUUGUGUAAGGAUCUGUCAUACGCACAGCUUUACAGAGAAAAAAAAAAGGUUUGCAAGGAUUUAACCUGAAUUUCUUGUGUCAAAAAUCAACCGACAGAGUUUCCAAAGUCCCUGAAAACACGUAAGGAGCUGACAGAGUACCUGACUGUGGUCGUGUUCACUGCUUCAGCUCAACAUGCAGCUGUUAACUUUGGACAGGUGAGUCAUGAAUAUAGACAAUAAUAUUCUUAUUUUUUUAAGACUGUUUAGAAAGUAAAAAGAAGCCUCUAGUAGUUGUGGAGGAUUUAUUGGAGAUAAAUUGAUAUUUAUUGUGCAGAUUUUAAACAUUUACUGUUUUUUAAAUGUAGUUUGAGUUUGAGCUCACAUUGACAUAAUAAUUAUGAUGAUGAUGAUGCAGGAUUCGUAUCAGUGGCUUUUAUUAAAAUACCAUUCAUAAUAAUACUACUAAUAAUAAUUGCGUUAGAAAGCUGCACAAGUCCUCUAUUCAAAGCAUUUAAGAAUGUCGGACAAAACUGUUGGACUAAAUGUAAUUUGUAAAGUUAUUAUAAAUGUCAUUUAUGAUUGAAGAUGAUGUAUAUCAGUUGCUGUUUUUUAUGAGCAGUGUGGCAGUUUAAUCCCCUGCUGGUGGAAAUAAACAUAAAUCUUGAAUUCAACCAAGACAGAAAAAAGUUCUGCUCCACUUUUAUAAUUUUUUUUCUCUUAUUUUUCUAACUUUAUAUAUUUUUGUGCCAGGAAAUGCAUCAUUGCCUCAGCAAACUGGAUACAUUGUUCUUUGGUUUGAGGUAUAUUUUCGAUAUCUAUCAGACACCUGCAGUAUUUUUGGAAGGGUCAAAACUAGUUAAUACUCUGUUGAGGAACCUUUUGUCUGUGAAGACUUUGGCGCCCCCUUGUGGACAAAAUGACAACUCUUUUGUUUCGUAUGUUUAAUGUAAAUUGACACAUAAAUACUUCCUGUUGUAUUUUUCCAGUGAAACCUAUCUCUUUCUGUUAAUAUUUGAAGUGGGAAAAGUAACAAAGGCUGUCUGGUCUCGCUCAUUAUCAAAGCAAGUGUUGUGCAGUACAAGUCUAAUGUUGCAGAAAUGGAUGUAUUCAAAUCAGUUCCCUGACUGCUCAGUUAAAUGUGUAGCAUCCUUGUACAUAUUGUGUAGUAUGACUGGUGCUCCUGGAUCCCCAACGCUCCAUCAACCAUGAGAAGACCCCCACCCAACCAGAAGGGCUUGGCAGAUGUGAAUUUGAUCAUUGAGAGCCUCCCUGAUCGCGGACGCUCCAGCUGGCACCUAGGGGCCGUCUGGGCCCUCAGCCAAUACCAAGAGAAUGAGGUAGAGAGUCCAAACACCAGUAACUCUUUGUACUCCAUUACAUCUCAGUGAAGACCAUCUUCAGGCUCUUUUCCUGGAUUACCUCUCCACUUUCUCUCUCUCUGCAGCUGUACCUGGGCAUGUAUCCUGAUGAGCGCUUCAUAGAGAAGCCGGUGAAGGAGGCAAUGGAGAAGUUCAGGAAGCAGCUGGCAGAGAUCACCAGCUCCAUCAAGAAGAGGAACGAGGGGAAGAGGCUACCGUACUACAACAUGUCCCCUGACAGAAUCCCAAACAGUGUCGCUGUUUGA